GCACUGAGCACCUACCUUUCCGUCUUUCAAUGUUCUCUAUCUUUUUGGCAUGGAUCUCUCGGAUCACGAUGAUAGCUGAGACCUCCUUGUUAUUCUUAUAGACUGCCGCCACCAUGUCGUCUCCUCACAGAUCACCCUUCUCGCCAGGAUCGCCCCGAAGUCCAGCCUCCAAUGUAUUGACACCCAGUCGAAAAGUGCAAGCCUUACUCGCGCAAUUCGACGAUUCCGACUCUGACACAUCUCUUCACGGCCAAGGCGUUUCUUCCGUCCCCAAGAAGGUCGAGGUUGCUAAAAGUCGUUCCGUGCACGAGAGGGACGCCAGUGAAGCAGAGCAAGAUGAUUCAGAGGAGGAGGAUGAUCUACCUGUAGCACCGCGGUCAAAGAUGGCAGCACGAUUGCAAGGCACUUUUACCCAGCCAGCAUCCGUCAAGAGUGCAGAAGGACGCUCCACGUCCCAUCUUUUGUCGCCAGCUCCGCUCACAGACUCAGACGAUGGUGGUGUGGCAGAAUUAGGAAUGAGAAGAAACCUCCUCACGAAGCGCAAAACCAGUCCCGGUCAGGACACUCCCCAAGGUUCCACGUCGAGACGGUCUCCCUCAGUAUCUAUAACAUCUCCCAACCCACUUGGGCGCGGAGCUACCUCGACUCCUUCUGAUUCGGAAGAUGGAGAAAAUCAGAACAACAAGGGCAAGUCCAAAUUUCUGGCUCUGGUUGAGAAGCAUCGGAAGCAGAGACUCGAAAAGGAAGCUGAAGAGGAGGUGAAGAGGAAUGCGCGUCUCGAAACCCUCAAAUCUCAAGCAAAGAAGUCUGGUCAACAACGAGGAUCGAGCCCGGCUGACGAUUCCGACGAAGAGAGCGACAUUUCUGAGAAUGACGGAGCUAAGAAAUUGUCAACGCAGGCUCGACCGACACGUAAGGCUAGCAAGAAGGCUGUGGAAGAAAUGAAGAGAGAGACUCAACGCAUCAGUCGAAAUAUGCAGUUGGCACAUCAAGCACGAACGAAGAAGAAAAUCACAAAGGACAGUCUAUUGGCUCGAUUCAACUUUCAUAUCGCCACUUCCGCUUCACGCACAGGAGAGGCUGGUGGAAAUGAAGAGGUUACCACGAGCAGCUCUAGAGCAGCUUCAGAUGCUGAAAGCUUGAAGGAUCAUGACACACCGCCAACAAGCCCGAUACCAGAAGACUCGAGCGUGCAUGGCUCCAAAAUCGCAGCCCCUCAUCCAGUUACCGCGAUGCAUGCAGUCGAGAACGACGACGAUCUCCCAAGUCUUCACGAGCUCGCCACUAGAAUAGACAAGGGAAAAGGGCGAGCUCCAUCAGAAGUGCCGAUUUCUCGACCGGUCAUAGCGCGUCCAGCAAUUAUGCAGAGCGGGCCGGCCAUGGGCGAAGACUUGCUGGCAGACACGUUGAAGCCAACCAUCAAGCCUCUUGGGAUCAAACGGCCUGCGAUAAUUGCGAGUAAACCCGGUGAUGACGACUCGGAUUCUGACCUCGAAGUGAUCACCUCCAAAGGUGACAUACGCAAAUUUGCGGUCUUCGAGCACUUGCCCAAACGAAAGGCCAAAGAAGCACCUUCUCACCUUGCUUUGCGGUCCCUAGCACAUUUGAUCGGCGGUGAUGAUCGUAAACGUUCACUGAACGCAGCAGAAAUGGAAGUAUCCCUUAGACGGCAGGCUCGUCUGCAAGCACGACAAGAGAGACAGAACAAGAUAGAGGAGCUCAAAGCUAAAGGCGUGUUUAUUCAGACUGCUGAAGAACGUGAACAGGAACAGGAAGACGUGGAGGAUCUGGUAGAAAAGGCUCGACAGGAAGCCGCGGAAAUUCACAAGCGCGAGAAAGCCCUUGCAAAGAAAGAGGGCAAUUACACCAAGGACGGAUUAGAUGAUGACGACAGUGAUGAAGAUGAAGACUUUCAAGAUGAUGCUGAAGGCGGAGACAGUGGUGUUUCCGAUGAUGAGGAUGAAGAGCACGAAGAAGAGGAUGGAAGUGAAGGUGAAGAAAGCCUUCAUGGUAGUCGGGACGAUGGAAAAUUGGUCGAUGAUCAAGCCGAUGAAGAAGACUCUGAGGCUUCGGGAUCUGCUGAGAGUGAAGCAGAGAAUGCUGCAUCGGACCACGAGUCUGUCCACGAUACUCAUGCGUAUGCCAGUAACGCUCCGUCAAGACCUAAGCGUGUGACGCGUGUGCUGAGCGACGACGAGGAUGAGGAGGUUCCGAACCACAAUCUGAGCUCACCUCAACUUCCAGCCAAUGCUAAGACGCCGGUUUCGGUGGCCCGUUCCGCGAAGAAACAGAUACCUGGGCUACAAAUGUCGGACGAUCUCCCCAUCGGCCUGACCCAGGCGUUCGCUGCAACUAUGGCCGAUUCGCAGAGUCAAAGUAUGGCGAAUGAGCAAGAACAGGACAGUCUGGCUAUGACCAUGGAUCUGCCGUCACCCAAUAUUGCAAUGGUACCGCGUUUACAGCGAAUGGAGUCGAUCGACGUUAUCAGCGACAGCCAGCCAACUACCGAGACACAGCCGUUGAACAUCGACCUCUCUUUUACACAAUCUCAAAAUGUUCCCCAAUCACCGGCUAUUGGCUUGGGCAUGAGUGGACCACAGUUCACGCCUUCUCAGCAACACUUCGAGCCGACUCAGGAUGGUGGUUACAUGCUGAGUCCCUUCAAAGGAAACCGUUUCGCAAGCGAAACCCCUCUAACUGCUGGACCCCGUUCAACAAUUGAUACAGUUGUCCUUCCCAACGAUACUCAAGAAAGUCCCGUGGUGCAAAGAAGAGCAAAGCUCAGACGUGGUCGCGCCCCAAGUGCUGAUAGUGACGAGGACAUUGUGGAACGAGCAGACACCUCGGCCUUCGAAAUCAUGCGCCGCGCCGCAAAGAACAAAGAUACCAAUGCCUUCGACAAGACAAAGUCAAAUGCGCGAGAGAUCGUGGAUGACGCCGCAGAAGAGUCUGAAGACGAAUACGCUGGUCUUGGUGGUGCCAGCGAUGAAGAAGGGAAUGACGAAGAAGAUGAGCACGAUCGAGCAAUGAUCGAUGAAGAUACCCAAGUAGGCUUGGGUGACGAAGCCAAAUUGGCCAAGUUCCACGCAGACCGCGAAGUCCAGGAUGAUGCAAAGGAUGUGUCCAAGUUGUACAAAGACAUCACCACCGGUGCCUACCGACGCAAACGCGGCAAUGACGACCUCGAUUUGUCUGAUGAAGAGGAUGCUGCGAGUAGGCGGCGAGAGGCAAAGAAGCGAGAGUUUGCCAAGAUGCGCCGAGAAUUGCUCAAGGACGAAGCGGUAGGCAGGAUUGCAGAGGACAGGAGAAAGGAAGCCUUCCUGCGAAGUAUCGAGGACCGAGAAGUCAGUGACGACGAGGGCAUCGACAUGUCUGAAACGCAGACCGCAGAAGAAGAAUCACAGGAGAGGCCGGAGCAGCCAGUUCAGCCGGACAGCGCAACUACGGAUGAUCUCGCUGCUCGAAAAGUCAAAGAUGCCCGUCCGCUCGAGGCCGCGAGCGAUUCUCGACUCAAUCUCUCCGGUCGACGGACAGCAGGGCAAUUGAACAAGAGACCCGCGACAUUGGCCGAGAUCCGAGAAUCUGUGUCAUUCCUGAUCGACGAGCCCGACUCGCAAGCAGCCACCAUCGACCUGGGCUUGUCCGACUCGGAAGAGGAGCCGGAAGCAUACCUCGAUCUCGACCGUCAUUUCCAGGCAGAUGAGAAUGCCGAUGACGGAGACGACCUGGGCGACUUUAUCGUCCACGAUGACGGCCAGGCCAGAAGUGACGAGCAAGACACCUUCAAGAAGCCGACUAUUCCAUACAGUGAGACAACUGGUUCGCGGGCGCCGUUCUCCGAGAGGCGCACGAAAGAGCGGACCAAUGUAGUCAACCGGCUAAACAUGCUUCGUCAGGCAUCGUCCUCGUCGUCUUCGAGUACAAGCACCGGUGCAAGUGCGAGCACAAAGAUGGCCUUCUACACGGCAACCUCAUCGGCCAGCGUUGGUGUGUCCUUCGGCAAAGUUCCCAGUCUUCUGCGAAGGGCUACCACGAAUUCCAGUCUGGGCAGCAUGGCGGGCCGGGACGAGAAUGUCUCGGCGACGGGUGUCGUUACGAGUAACAGGACUGAACGUGGAAGUGCGGGUGAUGGAAAGGAGUUUGUCAGGAAGGGAAGUGGUGGACGGCGGAACGCCGUGAAUUACAGACCGACCAUGAAGGAGGAGAAGAUGAGUCAACGGGCGGGUAUUGCUAAGAAGACCGUCGCUAGUAAGGGGAAGAAAAGGGGAAGUAACUUCUUGGGAGGCCUGUUUCGUCAAGACAGUUGGGCUUGAGUUUGACGUACGGCAAGUUGUUUGUGAU